AUGGCUAAAAGACCGGGGCCCCCUGGAAGCCGAGAAAUGGGACUGCUGACAUUCAGAGACAUAGCUAUAGAAUUCUCUCUGGAGGAAUGGCAAUGCCUGGAUUGUGCUCAGCGGAAUUUAUAUAGAGACGUGAUGUUAGAGAACUACAGAAACCUGGUCUCCCUGGGUAUUGCUGUCUCUAAGCCAGACUUGAUCACCCAUCUGGAGCAAAAUAAAGAGUCCCAGAAUAUAAAGAGAAAUGAUAUGGUAGCCAAACACCCAGUUAUGUGUUCCCAUUCCACCCAAGACCUUCAGCCAGAGCAGGGCAUAAAAGAUUCACUCCAAAAAGUAAUACCAAGAACAUAUGGAAACUGUGGACAUCAGAAUUUACAAUUUAAAAAAUGCUGUAAAAUUGUGGGUGAAUGUGAGGUGCACAAAGGAGGUUAUAAUGAAGUUAACCAAUGUUUGUCAACUACCCAAAACAAAAUAUUUCAGACUCAUAAAUACAUCAAAGUCUUUGGUAAAUUUUCAAAUUCCAGUAGAUAUAAAACAAGACAUACUGGAAAGAAACAUUUCAAAUGUAAAAAAUGUGGCAAAUCAUUUUGCAUGCUUUCACACCUAAAUCAACAUCAGGUAAUUCAUACUAGGGAGAAGUCCUACAAAUGUGAAGAACAUGGCAAAUCCUUUAACUGCUCCUCAAACCAUACUACACAUAAAAUAAUUCAUUCUGGAGAGAAACCCUAUAUAUGUGAGGAAUGUGGCAAAGCCUUUAGCUGGUCUGCAAACCUUACUAGACAUAAGAGAACUCAUACUGGAGAGAAACCCUACACAUGUGCAGAAUGUGGCCAAGCCUUUAGUCGCUCCUCAACACUUACCAAACACAAGAGAAUUCAUACUGGAGAGAGACCCUACAAAUGUGAAGAAUGUGGCAAAGCCUUUAGUGUAUCCUCAACCCUCACUGACCACAAGAGAAUUCAUACUGGAGAGAAACCCUGCAGAUGUGGGGAAUGUGGCAAAGCCUUUAGUUGGUCCUCAAACCUUACUAGACAUAAGAGAACUCAUACUGGAGAGAAACCCUACAUAUGUGAAGAAUGUGGCCAAGCCUUUAGGCGCUCCUCAACACUUACUAAUCACAAGAGAAUUCAUAUUGGAGAGAGACCCUGCAGAUGUGAGGAAUGUGGCAAAGCCUUUAGGUCAUCCUCAAACCUUACUAGACAUAAGAGAACUCAUACUGGAGAGCAACCCUACACAUGUGAAGAAUGUGGCAAAGCCUUUAACUGCUCCUCAACCCUUACACAACAUAAGAGAAUUCAUACUGGAGAGAAACCCUACAAAUGUGAAGAAUGUGACCAAGCUUUUAGGUGGCAUUCAACUAUUGUUAAACAUAAGAUAAUUCAUACUGGAGAGAAACCCUACAAAUGUGAAUAA